GGAGGUGGGUGGGAGAGGAAGUAGCUGGUGAUGUUGGAACAAACAUGGCCGUCCCGGUGCCCCUCGGCCGCUCUGGCUCCUGCUGUCUACGGCUGCUACCACUGCUGGCGCUGCUGGAGCUGCUGGUCGACCCCUGCUUGGGCCGCGUCCACCACCUGGCGCUCAAAGAUGACGUGAGACAUAAAGUCCAUCUGAACACCUUUGGGUUCUUCAAGGACGGGUACAUGGUAGUCAACGUCAGCAGCCUCUCUGUGAAUGAACCUAAGGGAGCCGUGAAAACGAAAGCUGAGAUCGGCUUCAGUCUAGAUCGGACCAAGAACGAUGGCUUUUCUUCUUACCUGGAUGAAGAUGUGAAUUACUGUAUUUUAAGAAAACAGUUUAUGUCUUCUGUUACCCUUCUCAUCUUAGACAUCUCUGGAAGUGUAGUCAAGGUCAGAUCCCCACCAGAAGCUGGCACCCAGUUACCAAAGAUUGUCUUCAGCAAGGAUGUGCAAGUCCUGAGUCAGAGCCGGGAGCCUGCUGUCAGCUCUGUCCCCACAGACAACAGCAAGGUGCAGAGAGCCCAAGAUGGUUCGAAGUCUAGAAGAAGUGCAGUGGAUUCAAAGGCAGCAGCAGAGAAAUCCUUCUCAAUUCAUAAGAACAAUGGUGCAGUUUCAUUUCAGUUCUUCUUUAACAUCAGCACUGAUGACCAGGAAGGCCUGUACAGCCUUUACUUCCACAAGUGCUCAGGCAGCAAGUCCCAGCCUAGUGAGCAGGUCUUAUUCAGCCUGAAUAUUGAUAUCACUGAGAAGAACCCUGACAGCUACCUCUCUGCUGGGGAGAUCCCUCUCCCCAAGUUGUACGUUUCCAUGGCUGCCUUCUUCUUCCUUUCUGGGACCGUCUGGAUUCAUUUCCUUCGUAAGCGAAGGAAUGAUGUGUUUAAAAUUCACUGGUUGAUGGCGGCCCUUCCUUUCACCAAGUCUCUUUCUUUGGUGUUCCAUGCAAUCGACUACCACUAUAUCUCCUCCCAGGGCUUUCCGAUUGAAGGCUGGGCUGUUGUGUACUACAUAACUCAUCUUCUAAAGGGGGCGCUGCUGUUCAUCACCAUUGCUCUCAUUGGCACUGGCUGGGCCUUUAUCAAGCACAUCUUGUCUGAUAAAGACAAGAAGAUCUUCAUGAUCGUCAUCCCACUCCAGGUGCUGGCAAAUGUGGCCUACAUCAUCAUAGAGUCCACUGAGGAGGGCACGACAGAGUAUGGCUUGUGGAAGGACUCUCUGUUCCUGGUGGACUUGCUAUGCUGUGGUGCCAUCCUCUUCCCAGUGGUGUGGUCAAUCAGACAUUUACAAGAAGCCUCAGCCACAGAUGGAAAAGCUGCCAUUAACUUAGCAAAGCUGAAGCUUUUCAGACAUUACUACGUCUUGAUCGUGUGCUACAUCUACUUCACCAGGAUCAUCGCCUUUCUUCUCAAGUUUGCUGUCCCGUUCCAGUGGAAGUGGCUGUACCAGCUGCUGGAUGAAACAGCCACACUGGUGUUCUUUGUCCUGACGGGGUAUAAAUUCCGCCCGGCUUCAGAUAACCCCUACCUGCAACUCUCUCAGGAGGAAGAUGACCUGGAGAUGGAGUCUGUAGUGACAACAUCAGGAGUGAUGGAGAAUAUGAAGAAAGUCGGGAAAGUAACCAAUGGUGUUGUGGAGCCCCAGGGUGACUGGGAAGGCACUGCGUGAUAGAGCCUGCUCUGAGGAUGCACUGUCAAUGAAAACUAACUUAUUCAUAGCCCUAUCAGUGAGCAAGCGUGUUCCUGACAGAACUGUGGCAUCUCCCAAAGUGACACCCCAGCGCUCGCUCAUGGCACGGCUGAGGGCCGUGGACACCUACUUUUGUACUCUUAGAGGAUCUGGAUUGCGGUGGGUUACAGGCAGCUAGGACUGUCCCUCAGGGAGGGUAGGAGCAUAGAGGAUGGGUAGAAGGUUUACCUUGCUAAUUGGGAGCUUGGGGUCCAUGCAGGGGAACCCCAGCGACUGCCACUGAGAAAGGCUGUGGUGAUGGAAGGGCAGGCUACUGGUGCUCACAGAGCUUUGGAGGCUGAGGAUGUGGCUCACUCUUGACCAAGCAUUCACGAGGCUCUGGGUUCAAUUCCUAGUACCAGGGUGGGGGAAAGAAGUUACUUUUUGCGAUGUAAGCAGAUGUCCUCCAAGGACAUGAAGGAGAGAGAGAUUGUCCAUCUUUGGCAAACAACAGUAACAGGGAUGAUUGGAAUUAUUUUAGAAAGCCAAAUAGACAACCUCGGUGGUGUGGGGCGCCUGCCUGCGCCACUGCCCAGUACCACUGUAAAUGUCCCCCGCGUUAAACAGUGGUGCUAGAGGCAGCCAAGAGGGCCCUUAGUGAUGCUGUCCAGGCCACUGCCAGCACCACACAUAGCCCUGCUGCUGGACAAUAGCUGUCUCUAGGCCUGUCUGUCUGAAGAGGAGAUGAGCCUUAGAGCUACAGAAGUGUUCUCCAGCCGGCUCUCCAGAGAUGCCCCUGCCUGCCCAGAGCAGCCGCCUGGCUUCCUGUCCUUCACCUGUGUCUUCUCAACAGGAGAAUGUUCCUUAAGGAGCAGAUACUUAGGAAAGGCUUGAUCCACAGCUGGCAUGGGCCAGGCAGGACUUCUGGGCCUCAACAUCGUACCAAGCAUCCGUGAAGGAAGUGAGCACAGUUGAGCCUGUCAUGCUAGUGGACCUGAGACAGCGAGGUCUGCUCAGAGCUUGGGCAGGAACACCAGCGGCUGCGUGCAUGGGACAGUGGUGCAGCAGAGACCGGCUUAGAAGGCAUGUGACCAAGGGCACAGGUGACCAGCUCGGCACCUCAAAGCUGCCUAGUGCACAGGACUUGUAGGUGAGUCAUAACUUCAAGGGACAGUUACUACCUCCCAGUGCAGAAGGAUCGAGUCUGCCCUGAAAAUGGUCGUGUCUGUCUCCAUGUCCCACCCCAACUUCCACACCAUCCGCCUCCAGUGAGAAGCCAUCUCUGCCAUCCAGGUCUGAGGAGGCACUUCACCACAGCAGCUGUUCUAUCUGGCGAAAGGUAGACAGGCCUGAAGGACUUGAUUUAGGGACCUUCUUCUCCUUUUUUUUUUUUUUAUUUUUUUAUUUUUGGUUUUGUUUUUGUUUGUUUAAGGUAUGUGACGGAAAGGGAGUUGGAGAGGAGACAGGGAUAAUUUUUAAUGCUUUGUUUUCUGCACAUAAGCACUCAGUAACACUUCAAAAGUGUGUUCUGUGGUGAUAUCUAGGCCUGCCUCUCAGAUGGCUCUGUGUGUGUGUGUGUGUGUGUGUGUGUGUGUGUGUGUGUGUGUGUGUGUGUGUGUGUGUGGCUGUUUUCCUGCCAGCACACAUUGUUGACUAGGCGCUAGACUCACAGAAGGUGUGAGGCAGCCUCCCCCAGGCAAGGUUUUUAUGGAGGGGCCUCACUUGCUCAGUGGCAGAGAGCAAGAGGGGAACUGUACAGCUUAGCCCGCAGGCCUCUCUGAGUGGCUAUAGGGGGACAGCCUGGUCCUUCCAGAGCAUGGGUGCACUGACAGGAAGGUGGGCCAAGGCAGUGUCUUUCCCAUGCCCUGCCCUGUAACUGCUACAGGAGGGAAGUCAGGGAUGAUGGGCUCGGAAGCCUAACACGGGACUGGAAGGCUGGCCUGGUGUGUCCAGGCUGUGAAGGAGUCCUUGCAGCUCUUCACCCUGCACUGUAAAUGUGUCAUCUCCAUCACUUGAGAGAUGGGAGCCAGCGGUCAGUGGCAUCCUCGGAUAGAAGAGUGAUUGGAGUCCAGGGCUGCACAGCUGCCCUCGGUAGCCUGAGUGCAGCCCACCUGGCUCUCCACAACUGUGCUUGCACAGUGAAGCCCUGUGGUAGAGGGCCGAACAAAACCAGGGCUCACUCUGCACUGCACUGUGGUAUUUGCAGCCCUGCGCUCUGCCCCCUCUGUUUCUGCUUGUGUGAGGUGUUCAUGCUUCCUGAGAGUGCUGUGGACUGGAAGCUGCAGGCUGUGACAUUUAAUAAAGUGUACACUGCUAGAAAAUUAUUUCUUGGAUGUCAGGAGCAAGUGUCAAGCUCCGAAUCCUGGUUCUUAACAGUGUUGAGGACUCAGGCCACCUCUUACACUUGAAUAGCAGAGAAUUGGCUAAAGUUUAGCCUGACUGGGGUCAUUUUCUCCGGAGGAACAACUCACUCCAGGGUCAAAGAUCCUCCCUCACACCAAGCCUGUGUCUUUUCAGUUUUCCUCCAAAAACCACUUCAGAAUUAAAUACCUAAGUCCCCGAUUCUCCAACCCUCCACCUGCUCAACAACCAGGCCCGCACAGCUCCUGAGGUGCUUGUGGGAUUUCUGCUCCUCUUGGUCCUUCCGUCUUUUCCCUCCUCCUCCUUCCCCUUACCCCCUACCACCAUCGCUGCCACCACCACCAACCCCCACCACCCCACUCCCCACUUACUUUCCCAUUAACUCCCUGGAAUACUGGAGCACUGCAGCGCUGUCUGCCCGCAGUGGGUGCAGGAUGUAUUUUCUAAACCAGGGAGCAUUCUAUCAAGAGUGCAAACUAUGCAAACUACAUAUUGCUGCUUUAUGCCACAUGGUGAUCUCACACCACAACAUCUGUCUGACUCUUGGAGUGGAGUCUAAGAAGAGGACGUGUGUCAAAAACAUCCCUGUGUUCAUUUUCAGUCGCCUCUGGCCACCUCCCAUAUCCCAAAGUGUGAUCCUCGAGGAAGCAUUAGUCUGACGAGGAUGCUGGCCCAGCUCCAUAUACCCAGGAGGACAGCUGAGCAUUCCAACCUCCCUCUGCCAAGCUACUGAUCCUCACAAGAAGAUCCCAGCCCCCACCCACCCCCAGCCCUGCUCCCACCUCAGCUUGUCUAGCCUGCCCAGGACCCAGCACAUCACCACAUCAUGGUGCUGCCCUGCCCACUGCUGCCACCUUUCCUCUCUGGAGUUCCCUGAGGACUUUAUUCAGAACGGUAUUCAUUUGGAACAGGCUGGUGUUCUCAAAGACCUGCCCUUUACGCCAGCCUUCCCAAGGAUGCCCUGGCGAGAAUCUGCAAAACACAUUCCUAGGAGCCUCACUCAUACCUGUACCACCUAGAAAUUGAUCACAGGCCCAGGCCUCUUCUGUCUUGUAGAGGUGUGUCUGUUUCAUGCUUUAAAAGCAUCCUACAUUUAGGUGGCCCUCUGCCUGGACUGGGAACCACCUCCCUACUUCCCAGCACUAUGAAGAGACUGCACUGGGGGACGAGACAAGCGUGGGAGCAGACACGAUCAUGUUAUGUCAGGCCCUGAGGACAAGGAGAUUGCAGACAGACCACCACUGGGGAAAUCACACAAGUUCCUGGUGUGUCCAUCAAGAGCAGGAUGGCCAUUUGCAGUUGAGGCUGUGCCAUAGAUGGGGAACCGGAGACCUUAGCAUCUAAGCACUGUCUCCCUCUGCAGAGGGCCAGAACCCCUGUCCACACAAGGAGUUCUCCAGUCCUUAGGCAGCUUUUCUAGAUGACCCAAAUUGUCAGACUGAGUAACCCAGAGGUUUUAUCUGCAGAAGGUCUUAUGGGCCUGUGUGCCCUCCUCAGGUUGGGGUGCAGGGGCUGGGGGCCACUUGAUAACUUUAGCAUUAACCAUUGAAUAUUUACAAGCAUGGGGUGUGGAUGUGUUCAGGAUUGGUGGGCUGGACACCAUAUGGAAGUAUUUCACUGCAAAGCAAACAUGUCUAAUAAAGAUUCCAUGCUGGAAA